UAUUACAAGACAUAAACCAUCAAUGUAAGAUCAUAUACUAUCACCUAUCUCUGUUUGAUGUGCACAAAUUGUAUAUUAACCUAUUACAUGGGCCAAUAGAAACAGCUGUCAUAAAGAAUUUGUCACUACUGGAUUUAAAAACAUAAAUAUGAUUAAAGUACUUGUAAAUAGUGAAGUAUUUCAUGAAUGAAGAAAUUAUGAUUGAUAUUUUGCAGGAUUACUAUUUUUGCUGACGGAUUAAGUGAUCGAUUCCAUACCUGACCUUACCUUUACCGUUACCUUUUCAACUUUCAGAUUUGUAUAGUGAAACAAUUGAUGCAACUUGAUGCACGGUGGAUAAAUAAACACAGGUAGAGACCAGCUACCAAAGUACAGUGAAGACUUUAUAUUUUGUACAGUGAAUAAAUAUUGAUCACAUAAAGGCUUGUUGGACAUUAAAUCCCCAAAGAUAAGACUCUGGUCAUCUGGAUGUGCUGAUAUGACAUAGAAUUUGAUUGACUGUAGACAGAUGUCAGUGAACAGGAAAAAAUGAAGAAACUACAGUUAUCCAAGUGCCUAGGACAUUUGUUAUUACGUUUAAUACUUUUAUUAUUUUGGAGUUGCAAGGGUUUAGCUCAGAGCUCAUCGUCAUUAUUUUCAUCAACACCAUCGUCAGAAUCAUCUAUAGUUUCAUUUUCAUCGUCAGAUGUAUUGCCUUCUUCAUGGACAUUCGUUGGGAAAGGAUAUAUAGCAGUGUAUCCCGCAAUAUUUUCAAAUCAAAAUCCAGAUUACAAAUUAUCAUUCCGGACUAGAAACUCCAAUGCAGUUAUUUUUUGUCAUAUUCUAAAGGAAGAUAAACAAACGGAGCAUUUAUCAGUGGAAAGUUAUGAAUUUUGUGGAGAAUUACACAAAGGAUCAUUAAAAAUUACAUACAAGUUAAACAGAUAUACAAAAACUUUUGUCAUAGGAAAAGCAUUAAAUGAUGAUAACUGGCAUUCAUUAGAAGUACAACUCCUGACCUCUGGUGACCUUUUAGUGACCUUAGAUGAUGAAGUUGCACUGUCCGAGCCUUUGAGUAGUCAAGUAUCAGUAUUAGAUUGGAAUACAUUAUCAUCAGUCAUAAUAUUUGGAGGAAAAGGCACUGAAUCUCAAGAUCAUCUGUAUAGUGGAUGUUUAAAGAAUCUCCAAAUCUUAGACGGCAAUGGGACAUAUAACAAUAUAAAUCAGCCUGACAUUACUGGUAUUGUAGAGACAGGAUGCCAGGAUAAAUGUUUAACAGGGAAGCAGUGUAAUGCUGAAACACCAUGUACCAAUUUCUACUCCCAUGUUAAGUGUGACUGUUUUGGUACCAAUUUGCAAGGACCAUACUGCAAUCAGUCAGGUACUACAAAAAUCACACUGAGAGGAUAUGAAUGGAUUACUUAUCACCUUUAUGAUAAACCAAGUGACAGAGUCUUUUCAGACAACAAUAAGUUUAGUUUACAGUUCAGGUCAGAUAGAGGCUCAGGUGUCCUGAUAUAUGCUGUUGGUACUUACCCACAUGACAGUCACGUGAUAGCUUCAGUUCAUGAGGGAGUAGUAACAGCCUCAGUUGGAUUUCAGCAAGAUGUCACAUUAGAGGCUAAACUUGGUAUUGCUACAGAUGACUUCAGGGAGAAGGAAGGAUGGCAUAACUUGACCAUUGUCCACAACAAGAAUACAGUAACAUUUAUCCUGGAUGAAGAGGUCAAGAUCAGGACAACUGAAUCCAGUAAUUACUACCUCAGUCUUGAUUCAAAAAUCUUCUUUGGUGGAGGCAAUAAUUUUGUCAUAACAAAAGGUUUACAAGUUACCCAGAAUUUUGUUGGUUGUUUGAAGAAUGUUUACGUUGACGAUGUUUCUUUAGUCUACGAGAUGAAGCAUGGUAAUGACAGAGUUAUUCAUAGUGGUGGUCACAAACCUUAUUAUGGUUGUCACAAAACAGAAGAUGUUCCUAUAUCAUUCCCAAAGUCUGGAACCAUGAUAGUACUUGAUACACCAUCAAACACUGACUUACAAGUAGAGUUUGGUUUCCGCACGGUCCGUGAUGUGGCCAUUAUAUUUUAUGCACAGACUAUUUCCAGUCUAGGAUAUGGUAUUGGUUUCUUUGAGAUCUGGAUUAAAGACCACCAAGUUAUUUUACAACUAGAACCAUCCACUAGGAAUCCUGAUCUAUCAAAAGACAUUGUCAUUGAUCAUGUUGUCAAUGACAACAAAUGGCAUACUCUACAUCUCCAUUUUACUGACAGGUUUACCAAAAUAAAGAUAGAUGAUAGAUCUAACCAGAUAAAUCACACAGAUCUACUAGAGUUGACAGGCGAAAUGAUGAUAGGACAUGGACCUAGGUUGACUUAUGAUGCCAAUGAUGGCUUUGUUGGUUGUAUACGGAAUCUGGCUAUACAAGGCCAGGUAAAGGAUGCCAUCAACUUACUGCAGACAAAUUCAGCAGUGUAUGGUGUAGUACUGGAUGGAUGUCACCUGGUACCCCACUGUGAAGGUGGUCCUCAUUGUGAACAUGGUGGGAAAUGUUUGUCAAACUGGGAUGGAGUUGCUUGUGAUUGUUCUGCUACUGCAUAUGAAGGACAUGCAUGUCAUUUUGCAAAAUACAGAGGAUCUUGUGACGAUUACUACCAAGCUGGUUAUAAACAGUCAGGAGCAUACCAGAUUGAUUUAGACAGCACUGGUCCCCUGAAACCUGUUUAUGUUUGGUGUGAGAUGGAGUACCAGUAUCAAGGAGAAAAAUAUGGCAUGACUAAAAUAGACCAUAAUUUUAUACCUGAUACACAGGUCAGAGGCACAGGAAUGUAUGAUAUGAGAAAAUUGUUAUUGUACAGAGAAAUGAAAAGACAAGAACUUGUAAAGUUAACAGAAUCAUCUACUUGGUGUGAACAGUUAGUGGAUUACGAUUGUUACAGAGCUCCAUUAGAAUUAGGGAAAUCUACAAUAUUUCAAUCAGCCCGAGGUGAAAUAUUAGAACUUCGUUAUAAUACUGAUGCAGACAGUUUAUGCUCCUGUAGAAAGGGGACCUGUCCUCAGAAUAGAUGUCAAUGUGAUAAAGGUCAUCCCCAGUGGGAAAAAGACAGAGGAUAUAUAAGAUAUAAACAGCAUUUACCCAUUACUGAGUUGAGAAUUUACCAGUCUAAGUCUCCAGCACCACAAACCAGUGCCAACUUAAGUUUAGGUCCCCUUAAAUGUUGGGGAGAUGCUCUCAGUAAAGUUGCCAGUGCAGUCACCUUCAAAACAUCAUCUUCCUACCUACACCUCAGAUCCCCAUGGAGAUCCUCAAACCUACAUUUUAUGUUUAGAACUCACCAGACAACAGCUUUAUUGCUAAACCAGACCCCUACAUCUGACAACUCAAACAGUGUGGUUAUAGCUCUUGCAUCAGAAAAAGCUGUGAAGUUUACUGCCAGAAUCAACAAUAAAACAAUUGAAGAUGUUAUACAGUUUGAUAUGACUAUUGGAGAUGGGAAAUGGCAUUAUAUUGCCAUAGAAAUGGAUAUACAUAAUAUAAGAUACACUGUUGAUGCAAAGAGACACAUAAUAGAUAUGCCUGGUAAACAGAUACCUAGUUUCAAUGGUAGUUUGUAUGUUGGAGGAUACAAAGAUGAGAAUGCCAUGCCAGGACUUACAGGUUGUUUGAGAGGGUUCCAUUAUAAUGAUAAAGAUAUAGAUCUAUCUAAAAUGACUGAUCCAAGUAUACCAGAAGUGAGUGGUGGUUGUACAGCCUCAUGUGAAAGUAAUCCCUGUCAGAACCAAGCCAAAUGUAUAGAACACUGGGGCAGUUAUACAUGUAUCUGUACCAAUAAAUGGGCUCACUGGGGGGAAAGCUGUGAAAGAAACAUGAAUAAAGACGAAAUAUCAUUUGAUGGAACUGCUACUUCAUUCUUGGACCUGGAAGGAUUCAAGGGAGAUAAUUUGUUAGAUUCUACCAUAAUCCUCAGCUUUCGAACUUAUGACAGCAAAGCCAUACUACUUUAUAUCCAUGAUGCAAUGAAUAACUUCCUUCAGCUAGAAUUGGAGAAAGGAAACAAACUUAAAUUGAGCUUUAAUCAUUUUAAAACUAUAGUAUCUGAGUCUCUUGUUUAUAAUAGUUUCAAUGAUGGAGAAUGGAAACAGAUUGUUAUUCAAGAACAGAUAGAUAAAAAUAAUUUAUAUGUGACCAAAAUGUUUGUCAACUCACCUGAUAAUAUGGUUAUAGUACCUUACAGUCGCCUUAAAUUACCAACUUAUUCAUCAAAAACUCCAUUUACAAAAUAUGAAACUAUAAAACCACCAAGAUCACAGGGUCUAACCAAUACAUUCAUGAGCGAAUAUUAUCGAUUGUUUGUUGGUGGUACCCUGGAAGAUACAUCCGAUAUAGAUCAAUUAUCAGGUUGUAUCAGAGGAUUGAAGAUCGGUGAUAAAGUCUUCUCCUUACAACAAGAGGCCCAUCAGAACCCAGCUGUAGCUAUGAUGUGUGGGAGUGGAUGUUCUUCUAGUCCGUGUGAACAUAAUGGUAAAUGUAUAGAGAAAUGGGACCAUAAUAAGUUUUAUUGUGACUGUAGAAAGACUAACUUUAUAGGAGAUCAAUGUCAAAUGGAGGCUUCGGCAAAUUUCAGUGGUAGUGCAGUUUUGGAAUACUACUUAGAGUUACAAACUAUUCAAGCUAAGAGAACAAAUAGUGAGAAUUUGUCUCUCUCCUUCCAGGCCAGUCGUGCUGUCAUUGGGAAGGAACAGAUGAUCUUGGCUGUUAUAAUGAGUUCUAAACAUGAAGAUCAUGACAUGUUAUUGUUUAUGUUAAAUGCUCAGGGUGUUUUUAUGAAGCAUUAUCAGAAAAGAGUUGAUAAUGGUUUAAUGGUAGAAGGCAAAUUUGAUGAUGGAAAACCACAUAGAUUACAAUAUUGGAGGUCAGGAGGGGCAAUGUAUUUAAAGGUAGCGCCAGGUAAUGUUGAUUAUGUUGCGGAGGCAAGUGUUCCAAAUACCCAGAAAAAAUUGGACUGCCUUGAUGUUAUGAUGCUUGGUGGUGUGGUACUACACAAAAUUCCAAGCUAUAUAGAUAGUACGAACACAUUUGUUAACUUCUCAGGAUGUCUCUCUGAGGUAUUGUUUACACCAGUGAAAGAUGAACCAUACAUUAUCAAGCCAUUAAAAGAAUUGAGAAGUGAGAACAACGAUUCCUUCAUUAUACAUGGGGAUGGUAUUGUGGGUUGUUCUUUAGAAAGUGACGAAGACCAACAAAUGACAACCCAGUCAACAUUUACAACAGAAUGGGAAACAGAUCAGGAUAGAACCAUGCCACCUUGGAAUCCUGGUCCAGCAGAAACUAUUUAUCUGAAUGCUCCACCAUCCACAACGGCUGUUACGACAACAACACCAUUAACACCACGAACACCAGGACCUACCAUACCAACUAUUCCUAGAUCUCCGGUAUCAACUACUGACAGACUUAAUGUUUCAAAAUCUGCUAUUGGUCAUACUAAAAUAGGGGGAACAGCUACUGAUCUGGAAAUUAUGAUUGCCUUGGCGAUAAUUUGUGGUUUGAUGUUGAUAUCUGUCCUUAUUGCACUGUUCCUGUGUAAGAAACGAAAACGUGAACGCUAUGUUAUGAAGAAGGUACUUCCAGAUGACCUUGAACUGAAAGUACCUCUGAACUAUGCCGCUAGUCCACCACCUAGUCAUAAACCUUACGAUCAUAUAGCCAGACUUGACGAGUUCAGCAUGAUCUCUGUAACAUUAGGACCUAAGAGAAGAAAAGAAAAUGGUGUUGGCCCUGGAACUGAGCCAUUGUUAAAUGACAGUGACUUGUCUCCAGGAGAGUACCCUGUACAGUCCACAUUUUAUAACAAGAAGAAGAAUAGACCAGCAUCAUCAAUAUCUGAAGUGUUAGAAGAAAUAGAAAGACAAAAGAGAGAAAAAGAUUGUGAUGAUAACUCCGGACCAGAUGAUGAAGUGAAGGAGAAACAAGGAGGAGAAUUAGAAUGGGACCCAUUAAAUGACCGGGCACCUCUAACAUCAGUUCCACCGUUUGAUACUAUAUCGGAGGAUUUUAUUUAUCAAAUGUUACCCUCACCUAUUUUGAGUGUUAUGGAUGACAUUGAGGAGCUGUCCCUUGAGAGCGCUAGCACGUUCGGUACUCUCGGUAGCAUGAAGAAACAAGAAGAAGAUGGGUCUGAUGCUGAUCCUUUACAAGUAUUAGAGCAACAGAAAGAAUUAGCUAUGGAUGGCAAUGGGGACAGCGGUUACGAGGCAGAAUCACGGAAAGACCCAGAUGAAGAAAUAAUCAAUAUUACGCCACCUUCUCCAAAUAAAAUGUACAUGUAUGACAUUUCAGGACAAACUCCUAACAACUGGACCUCAACACCGAAUCGUAAAUUAUUAGAAUAUGAGGAAUGUGGUACUUAGAGAAUGUUUAUCUUGUUGCUAGGGGAACAACUUAUAAACUAUAUAAAGGACUGUGCUCUCCAUGGCUGGCUUUGUUAAUGCUUUUAUGAUCAGAGUAUAAGAGUCGAAUGGAAAAUCUUUGGAGGCUGUACAUGUUUAUAAAAGGGAGCUAACUCUUUAUGUUUGCCUGAUGUAUUAUGUUGUAUGAUUGACUGCUGAAUAUGGAAUAUAAAUCCUCUGAUUGAGAUCCAUUUUGUUCUGCAAUAUAUGUUUCUAUUUAUUACGAUUCAGUUGCAUUAAUUUCAAAUCUAUCUGUAUAUUUUUAUAUGGAUAAAAAGUCAACAGAAUGCUAAAUUUAAACAACUAAAUGUUUAAAAAAUAUUUAAUGUUUCAAAGGCAGCUACCAUAGUGCAUUCUAAAUACUUAGGCCAGUACAGGGUAAAUGGACUACCAGUAGUUCUUCAAUGUGGAGGCAAAAACAAAGCAGCAUCUAUUUUUGUGAAUUUUAAAUAUGUUUUGCUUGCUGGACAUUAGAUGUGAUGAAAAAUAAUAGUGUAUUUACCAAGCAAAGUCUCAUAAUAUUGGCUAUCAAUAAAAGGAGAGUAAUGUCAAAAAAUGAAAUUGCUACUGAACAACAAAACAAAAAACACCAAAGAUAUGAAAGAAAACCAUACACAAGAUUCUUGAUACUAUUAGUUUUAGGGUUCAAACUUGUUUUAACUUGUCCAAGAUCACUCAACCCCCUUUUAAUGACAGAAGAAAGAUACAAUACAAUUAAAAUCAGUUCAGAGAAAGCUAAACUCAAUUAAAUUAAAAAAACACAAAGAUAUGAAAGAAAACCAUACACAAGAUCCUUGAUAAUAACAAUCACGUUGGUAUUUUGAAGGUAUACACUUGUUUUACCUUUUUUAACAUUACCUUAAUAACCCUUAUUUUUUUUUAAACUUGAUUAAGGGAUUAGCAGAAGGAAUAGGGAAAAACAAUUCAAUUCAGUUUCAAAUCAGAUUCAAGUUACAAAAUCAGUUCAGAGAAAGCAUAACUUUAUUAAAUCAAUAUUACAAAGGACAACGAUAGUGUCCACAUUACACAAUCACAAUAAAUACUUUAUCAUAAAUGCUUGCAUUUACUCAGAGCAAGCUCCUAAUUAAAACUUUUUCAAGCUCUAAAUUACUCCUUCAUACAUUCUGAGCUGGUUACCUGUCUCAAAGUUAUUUAUAGAUGAACCUCACUUCUUCAUUGGUUGAGAGUUGAAAAUAUGCAUUAAUGUUGUUAUUGUGUACCUCUUAUUUGCAUUAAAUGCAAUUCCUGAGUAUUUCACAUUUUAUUUUUAUUGAUUUUACAUAAUUUAUUAUUCAUUGUUGUUACUUUCGUAACCUAUUUUGCAUAUGACACAUUGUUACAAUUUUCACUUUAUUGCAUUUUACUUUGAUUUUACAACUAUGAAAUAAUGUACAAGUAUAUUUAUAAAUUCUUCAAUCUAU